GGUGCGCGAUCGCCAUGGCGUUGGAGACCGUGCCCAAAGACCUGCGGCACUUGCGGGCCUGCUUGCUUUGCUCCCUUGUCAAGACCAUCGACCAGUUUGAGUUUGAUGGCUGUGAUAACUGCGACUCUUACCUACAGAUGAAAGGGAACCGUGAGAUGGUUUACGACUGCACCAGCUCAUCCUUCGAUGGCAUCAUUGCGAUGAUGAGCCCCGAGGACAGCUGGGUCUCCAAAUGGCAGCGAAUCAGUAACUUCAAGCCUGGCGUCUACGCAGUGUCUGUGACUGGCCGUCUGCCCCAAGGAAUUGUGCGAGAGCUGAAGAGCCGCGGGGUGGCCUACAAGUCUCGUGACACAGCCAUCAAGACCUAAGGAAGACGCUUGCGCCUCACAGACCUCCAUUUC